AUGCCUGUUGAAAGAGACAAGAUCAUACGGACUCCACCUCUUAAAUAUUCCAGAGUCGAAUGUAUUGACCGGGUGGGUAUCGGCCCGGAGAUUUCUUGUCAGCGUCCGCGCGCAUUGAAACCGAUCGUGGCGAUGACGCAGAUUGUGCUCUCGCCGGCCACACAGCGCGCGGGUCACAGGAAGCACGAGGGGUGCCGGUCGAGCUGCACGGCACAGACGCAGCAUCUUAGGCAGCUCGUGUGCCAAGCCCCACCGCCGACCUCCAGCAGGAACCGAUCAGCUAUGGGCUCCCCGCACGCGCAGCAAGUGCGGUGCUCCGUCUGGAACAGUGCGAGCAAAUGGCGCGGUGUCAAACUUAACAACCGAAACAAGAACGACAGAUUUGGAGGUUAUAAAUUGAACUCG